UGCAAGUCGCUAUCAGAUUCAACAGUUUCAGUGUGUGUGUACGUGAGAUGAGGUCACAAUGAGGAAGAUUUCUUGUCCCACUUUUUUUGUCUUUUGAAGAGGACCGUUUGUGAAAUACAGAGAUUUGGAUACGUUCUUCAACAGAGUUAGACCUAAAAGCGUUUCUCUGACUCCGUUAGUCUGAUCCGGUCUGUGCCAUUCAUCCGCAACAUGACAGCUGCCACUAUGUGAAGGACUGAGGACGCAGUCAGAGUCUGAUCCAGCAAGCAGAAAAUAUACUGUAUUUUACAACUGGUUACACAGAAAUACCAGAGGUGGACACAAUCUGCACUGGCUGCAGGCUACAUCUUUUCCUUCUGCCUCCUCAUCGUCUGCAGCUGCAACUUCACCACCUGCAGCAAAGGAGCAUAACUAAAUCUUCAAGAAAUUCAGAAUCUGGCUCUCCCUGAACCUGCAGAAAUCUCAGAUCUCAGUCUUUGCUGCUGUUGACAUGGCAUCACUCGCUCUGGAGCUGAUGGGCUUCUUCUUGGGCCUUCUGGGCAUGCUGGGAACCCUGGUCGCCACGGUGCUGCCUUACUGGCAAAUUUCUGCUCACAUCGGCUCUAACAUCGUCACGGUUGUGGCAAACAUGAGGGGCCUGUGGAUGGAGUGCGUCUAUCAGAGCACAGGGGCCUUCCAGUGUGAGACCUACAACUCCAUGCUGGCGCUGCCGGCGGACCUCCAGGCUUCCCGCGCCCUCAUGGUCAUCUCCGUGGUGUUGUCCAUCCUUGCGAUUGGCAUGGUGUCUCUCGGGAUGCAGUGCACUGUCUGCUUGGAGAAUGCGGGGACUGUUAAGAGUCGUGUGGCUGGAGCAGGUGGGGUUUUGUUUCUCGUUGCAGGUUUUCUGUCUUUGGUACCCGUGUCGUGGACCACUCAUGAGGUCGUCCAGAGCUUCUACAGCCCAAACACACCGGCCGGCAUGAAGUACGAGCUAGGUGAGUGCCUGUACCUCGGCCUGGCCUCCGCGCUCAUCUCCAUGCUGGGUGGUGGACUGCUGAGCGUCUCCUGCUGUGUGGAGGAGGAGGACGGCCGGGGGAGGCGGCAUGGGUUAGGAUAUCCGUACCCAGUAGGAGGUGGGAUGUCUGGCACAGGCGCUCGGACAACUUCACAGACCUACCGCCACCCCACCCUGCAAAUGGGGGCCGUCAAGGCAGCCAGCAGGGGGCAGACAAUGGUCAGAAGUACUAGUACCUCAGGGUCCAGCGCUCAGGGAGCCCCAGGAACUAAGAAGCCCACUGCAGCAGGAUAUGACAUCACAGGAUAUGUGUGACAAGAUUCCAGCACUCCGUGAACUAAAUGCCAAACACAACUUCAGAUUAUGUAAAGGUACUGAAUAUUGAAUAUGGAGGCAACAGUUUAGUGGACUUUUCAAGCUAUUGCCAUUGUAUCCAGGAAGUUAUUUUCAUUGCCAUAAAAAUGGUUUCUUUAAAGAAAAAGUACAGUGGCCCUGAAGUUCAAACCUCAACAAAUCACUCAGACCCACCGCUUCUGUUUCAUUAAAGUCAUCAUGUUUUCUCAUUUGUAAUUGUGCCGAGUUAAUUUGUGUUUAUUAUUAUUAUUAUUAUUAUUAUUAUUAUUAUUAUUAUUAUUAUUAUUAUUAUUAUUAUUAUUAUUAUUAUUAUUAUUAUUGUGUUUAGUUGACAUUGUGUUCUUAAAUUUGUUGAUUUGUUGAAGUAAUUUGCACUUCAGGGCCACCGUACAACUAAACUUGUGUUUCCAAAUCAGUUGGAUUUAAUUCGGACUUCCUGGAUGAUAGGGAAUAUUUCAUAUUGUUAAAACCUCCAUGUUUUUUUUUUUCUUCUUAGUUUUAUUUCAGACAUUUUACAAGAACAAAGCAUUCAAAUGGAAAGUCAACGAAGCAGAGUCAGCAAAAAUAAAUAGCAGAUUAAUAAACGUUCAAGGCUUACCCUCUGCCAGUGAUUCAUUAGUAGGGAUGGGCGAUAUGGACUUAGAAUUUUAUCUCAGUAAUUUGUGGUAUUAUUGUAAUAACAUUAAGAUGUAUACUAUAAAAUACUCACUUUCGUACUUUUUUUAGGUAACUGCAGGGGACAGAAUUCAACACCAAUACUGAUCUAAAAAACAUCCCCAUUUGAAAUAUGGAAAUUUUGUUUCACACAGCAGCUGAAUUUACUGACAUUAAUGGCCUUUUGGAACAAACUGUGGAGAAAAUAGUAAGAAUAAAAUUUCCAUUAAUACUGUUAGCUUUGUUUUUUAUGUCUCAUUAACUGAAAUUUAUUGGGACAACGAUAAAUCAAAAAUUCUUAUGAGAAGCUUCUCACAAUAAAUGAUAAAUGACAUGAUAAGUCAUUUAUCAGUAUUCAUCAAUUUCUUGUUGGAAAAGUUGUAGAUAGAAGUAAAUACUUAUAUAAUCCCACCCACUUUGUCUUUAAACAUCUUUCCUUUACUUAAUACCAGUUAAAACAAUAACAAUGAACUAAUGAAUUAGAUUACAAAUUAAAUAAAACUGCAUAGUAAUACAGUAAUUCUAUUUAACAUUCAGUUCUUCUCCUCUUUCCUAUACUAAUAAAAAAAACAUCCAUGUAUAAUUUUAACAGUUUUAAGCUGUCUGUCACACUGAGUCAGCUACAACUUGUUGCAUGUAAUACUUUUAAAAUUAACCUGACCUCAGGUUACAUCCUCCGUCACAAAGCUUGAACAUUUUCUCUACAUUUUUUAUUAAUACAUUAAAGUAAAGUAUGCCAAAAUAAAAUACAUCACAUUAAUAUAUACUUUUUUCUUCACAAGAACAAAUUAUAAGUGAAAAGUUUGGGUCCGGUUUGCGGAUGCUGACACCAAACAUCCACCAAAUGAAUGCUGAUGAGUAUUUUAUGUUUGCUGUAAUUAUGAUUUUUAUGGGUUUUCAGUACCUCAAUUGAUCUCAACCACUUAAAAUCUUUCCCUUCGGUCCUCUGUCACAGUCAGGAGCCACUUUGAUAUGAAAUCAGAGAAAAUGCCAAAAUAUUAGUGGGUCUUAAUAGAAAAGAAAAUGUAUAAAAAAGCUUGUUUUUUUUAAGUAUCACUAUAACGGUUUCGGGAAUAUGUGCAUUGUAAAUUACAUCUUCCUCUUUUCACUAUAUUCACUUUGUUUUCCAGAUUUACACAUGUGACAAAAAUAUUCACAUCAUUUUUUUAAAUGCAAAUAAAGGUAAAUUGUAUUCAA